GUUUUGAAUAUUCCACAGCGUGCUUCACGCUUUGAUCGAAACAUCAACUCCCUUUUCGGAACACUGAUUUCAAUAAGAAUGCCGCCGUGAAUAAUAUGCAAUCGAUCUUAAACUAAUUCAACCAUAGAUGAAGGAACGGAGGUACAGUGCAUGUGUACCUGAUGCUGAUAGAAUCAGAAAUGACAGAAAUGACAACUGAAUUUUAAACGCAUCAAGAGACUGCAUUAUUUGUUUUACGUCUAAUGUGGGCUUGGAGGCAUAAAAACAUGAAUCACUGUGCCAAGCUAAUUUACAUGAUAUCCGCGAGAUAGUUUCUUCGCGUUUCGAGGACUGUGAAUACAUAGCUGUAGCUUGAGGUAAGCUGCCAUUUGAAUGCUAUUGAGGCACUCAAUUUAAGAAAUGUGUGUUUUGAACAACGCAGGCCAUCUUAAAUUAACUCUCUGCAAACAUGAUCGAGAGACGUUCCAAGUGUGUAUAUUGACACACAAGUCGUACUGAACUAAGGUGUUGUACCCAGUAAAUUGUGCUGUACAAUAGAGAGAAGUUCGGGUUUAUUAGCAGAUAUUUGCAAGCGUUGUAUUUUGAUCCACGUGGUAUUGGUAUUAAGUGCAGUAUUAUGUCAUGAAUAAGUAUGCUUCCAUGUCAGCUCUGUUUCACUGAUAGCUAAGUGAUAUCUAUGCUUUGCCCUUUUUGUAAUUCAGUUCAUUGCUCAACAAUGGCUCGCGUGCGAGCUUUAUUAAGUCGCACAGUUGGCGUUCGAAUCAGCAGUAUUCCAAAUUGUUAGAGCUUCAAUAAUAGUACAAAUUAAUCAGAUUACUGCUCAAAUAGUUGGAGUAAGUUUGCCUCAACCGGAACUGUUCAGUCCUCAGAAAACUGGCAGAAAGCUUAUUUUCAAAAUAGUAUUCACUAUAUAGUUUUGAUCACGUAAAGCGAACCAUUCCUGGGCUAGCAUUAUUACGGUCAGAUUCUUCUACCGUUUGCCGUAAAUUUUGCUAAUCUACUAGCCAGGGGGCAGGAAGAUAGAACAACAUUCACCAACUCACGGUUUUUUAAGUAACAGUAGGUUAUCUCUACAGUAUCUAGAACCAAAGCCAUGGCCAAAGCUGUUUAAAACUACAUUCUGAACUCGGGGCCAGUCUAAUACCAACUGUGCAUAUAAUUGACACUGGAGCAAGGUUGUAAGUCGUUACUUCAGAUACUUCCGCGAAUUUUUCCUGACUAACAUUUGUAUGAAAGAUGGAUAACAUAAUAUUUCCUCUAAAAUUGUGGAAAUUGUCUAAGUCAAGAUUCUUUCGUGCUAGUAUGCAUCGCACGUCCCUAGAAUGGGCUUAUAUGAAGGUAAUCUUUGAAUCAUGUGGUGAGAACGAAUUUAACGAAUUUGUAUAAAUUAUACCCUUGAAUGCGGAGAAUUCGGUACUUAAAAUAAUAGGCAAUUAAUUUGCCUUGACAACCUCUGCUCUCAGGCCUUUGCUUAAAACUUUUGAUGUUGGAAAGAAAGUAUCUAGAGCUAAGAAAUACUGAAAAACUAAGUUUUGAAGUAGACAAUAAAUGUUUUAAAAGUUGUGCAAGCAAAUUAUGUCAAGAAACUCAACUUAAUAUAGAAUGCCUCUAUGGUAUGUUAUCACUGUUGCUUCAGAUUAUUGUGCAGUGAAUAAUAAUACUCACUCUACAUUGUUUGUUCGUUAUUUUCGCUUGAGGACCCUUUGUAACCACCUGCAAAAACGCUAGCAUCGGAGAUGUAAUGUUAAAGUUUUGAGGAUGUUGUUGUGCCACCAAAUUCAAUUGGUUCAAAGACUUUGCAGGUAAAUUUUAGAUUCAAGAGCUGAGUUUGGAAAUAAGAUAAAUGGAUACCAGCUUGAUAAACGCAAUCAUUCAUUCCUAUUUGUUGAAAACAUGCCGAGCGUGUUUGACCUCUUAUGAUCUCAGAAUCUUUCAAUAUUCUCCACAUCUAGGUAUUGGAUCAUACUGAUAUGUGCCGCGCUUAAUAAGCAAUGUCCUUAAGACGAGCACAACCCCAAGAAAAGUGUCUGAUCCUUCAGCGAGAGCUUCUGAGAAAAGGUACUUUGUAUGAAGACAGAGAUUUCCCGCCUAUUUUUCGCAGUCUUUUCACCAAGACACGACCAUCUGUUCCACUUCAAUGGAAGAGACCAAAGGUAAGUUGGACUUUACGCAUGCGUUGAGGGAGAUAUUCAGAGGCAGACCAUUUUCGAGUUUUUUCAAGCCUCUGUAUCAAAGCGAGGCUAAAAGCGAAGCCUCGUUUUCAAAGUGAUAGUUUUUGGAACUCAGAAAUGGCAUAUUCGUUUGAAAAUUUCAGGUUGCCUUGCAAUUAAGCUGUGUAGAGUCAAGUAAAAAUACAUGCACUAGAGAAAGGAAGGACAGAGGAAGGAGCAGAAAACUCAGGAAAACUUAUUAAACAUUAUACCAUGCUAGCAAAGGUUUCUUUCCGUCAUGGUUUUUGGCAUUUACGAUGUCGUUCGCGUCGCUGUUAUUCGCCUAAACUAACUACGGGAAUAUCAACGACGCGAACGACUUCGAGAAAGUUAAAAAACCGUGCCGGAAUGAAGUCUCUGCUAACAUGGUAAAUCUGCUUACCUUCUGAUCUGGCUGCACACACACCAACUAUAGCGUUCUGCAUUUGUCAUUUGUCGUCACUAUGCUGAGCAAGUAUCUCCUCUUUACAAAACAUAAGUUCCACUUUAACUCUCCGUCCUUCUUCAAUUAUUCGCUGGGCAUGCGCAUUCUGGUAUACAUGACUCGCAAGAUCUCAAUAUUUGUCGUUUGCAACUUUUGUAUAGCCAACAACUGUACAUUAAGUGCAAGAUUAUUUUAAGAAUCCAUAUGCAUUGAAAAAUGGUGCCUUGAUAUUUUAGGACAUUUGCAAAACAACACCCAAAUUCUUCAGCAAAGGAGUGAGCCGCACAGACAUAGCCCAGGGGAGAAUGUUGAAUUGCUGGUUCGUGGCAGCUGUGGCAUCCUUAACCGACUCAGAGGAGCUUUUUUACGCCGUUUGUCCACCUGAUCAAAGCUUUGAUCCUGGAAAUUACUGCGGUAUGUUCAGGUUCAAUUUUUGGCGAUUUGGUGAGUGGGUUGAGGUCAUCAUAGACGAUUACCUUCCAACGCAUAACGGGAAGCUGUAUUUUGCUCGUUCCAGUGAUCCUGAGGAGUUUUGGAGCCCUUUACUAGAAAAGGCAUAUGCUAAGUAAGUGUAUCACGGGUAGGCAGCGACCUAAAUAAAGUCUUUUUAAGGAUAUCAAUUUCACCCAACACAAGACAGGUCCUUUCUUGUCACCAGGCGUCCCUUUUUGCUCAUAAGCGGAGCUCGUUGCGUCAAGGGAAGGUUGCACUGCACCCGGUUUGCUUUCUUCCCGCCCUGUGCUUUCUGUUUGCGUGAAAAGGUGGCGCUUGUGCCGGGGUGCACACGGGUAACACCUUUUACUGAUUUUUCCACUUUCACUCCAUUUUUCAAGUUCAGAAACAGCAUUUAAACUUCAAUGCAUCAACCAGGCGAAGUGAAAAUGGAAAUGGCAAAAGAAAAACCUGGCUGCGAGGACAAUACUACGUAGAAAUCCUAAAACGUACUUGGAGUCUACACACUUUCUGUUUAUGUCUUGCUCCAAUUAAGGCAAAUUAUCCACUUGAGUUAUAUUAAAGAAAGACACCACUUCAAAUCCUGAUUGAUUUUCAGCUGCUAACUGAUUCUUUAGCGUUUUUACUAAAGGCUAUCUUUCUCUCUACUUGUUGCUGCAGAAUUUGUGGAUCAUAUGAAGCCAUGGGUUUAGGACACAUUAGUGAAGCCUUACAAGACUUUACUGGUGGUGUCAUUGAGAUGAUCAACCUCAAAACUCCUCCACGUGACAUAUAUAAAGUACUACAGAAGGCACAUGACAGGCACUCUCUCAUGGGAGCCUCAAUUGAGGUAUGAGCAUGCGCAGUUACUCUUCAGGAAAAAAAGCAAUAAAGGUGUGGUAGAAAAAUGAGUAAUGGGUGAGUGAUUACUUUUUUAUCUUUUUUUUUUUGCUUUUUAGACAAGUUCACAAGAAACUCAGAAAACGCUACCAAAUGGCCUUAUAACUGGGCACGCGUACUCUAUUACAGGGGUGACCAAGGUAACUGUGCUAACAUAAUAUUACAAACAGUCUUAAAUCAAAUAAUCACAAAUUUUUGUCUUUAGAGAGAUUGGGGACUCGUCACUAGGACCGGUUAACCGACAUUAGUGGUAAGAUGACUAUCAAUGAAGGGUCAUCUAGGCUCUUUUGACCAAGCUUUCUGCAUCUUUAAUAACAAACAGCUACUUAUAAAGUGAAGCGUUCUGACCAAUAGAAGCAUUUAUUAUAUUAAUCUUUCUUAAUUUGUUGCUUUAAAGUCUCGGAAGAAUGGAAAACAGGCUGGUAAAAAAUGAAUAAAAAUCCUGGGUUUUUUUACUAAUCAUUUUCUUUUCCUUCAUUAAAAUUUCACUCUUUAAUGAACUUUCAACUCUUUUCUUUUUUAUCCAUACCAGGUUAAUUUACCUCCAUUUCGUGGAAUACCCGAAGCAAAACUAAUUCGGCUCCGAAAUCCUCAUGGAAAUAGCUCAGAGUGGAAAGGUGCUUGGAGUGACAGGUGCCAAUCAUAGUUUAGAUUGUUAAAGUGUAGUGAAAACAGCACUGAGUCACGGACUGCUCGAUUGCCAAUGACUAUUCUCGAAUCCUGCACAAUACACUCUGCUUGUUUUCCCUUCCCCUGCCCGAAUUUUACAUAAGUUGUUGUUAACAAAUGCUUUUGAGAAUAUGCUGUCGUCCGAAAAGUAUUUGAAAGCACUUUAUACAUUUUUGGGGGGGGGGGGGUAAACAGAGUGUAAUAUAGUAGACUGGAAAAUAAAGAAUGCUUUCGCGCAACUUCUCGAUCGGAAACUCUUGCUAUGUAGGCUGCGUUCUUCAAUAAUUCUUUUUUUCUCCAGGUCUGACGAGUGGAAUCUGUUGUCCCCAGAAGAGCGUAAGAGGCUAAACCUCGUUUUUGACGAUGACGGCGAAUUUUGGUAAGAGCUGAGGGACAAAACUAGUUAGCGAAUAUAACCCCUGAUGAAUUACUUGGAAGGGGUACGACUCACAGCGAAUCGCGCCAAGUUUACCACACAGAUUUUUUAUUACAGUAUGUUGCGAUUGAACAGAAAAUAUAAAUGAACUGAAGAUUUGGAAUUGAAACCGUCAUUCUUAAUCAUAGGAUGACGAUGGAAGAUUUUCAGGCGAAUUUUACACGAAUCGAAAUCUGUAUGCUUACACCGGAUAGCGUGUUGGAACCAGAUGAGAGAAAAUCCUGGAAGAUCAAGCGAGAGAAGGGUAGAUGGCAGGCUGAUGCUUCGGCUGGUGGAUGUAGAAACUUUAUAGAGACUUUCCACAUUAAUCCGCAAAUAAGGUAAUAACAAUCUCGUGCAACUUUACUUGUAAUUGUCCAUUACGUUUGUUAGGAAUCUUAAUUUUAUACCUUCACUAAGCUCACGUGCAGUAUCCGCGAUAACAAGAGUUUUGGAGGCAAGAAAAAGCACCCUGUCUUGUCAAAAAAGCAGACACAUAAAAUGCUUAUCUCUUUCGAACUUUUAGAAACCAUAGUAGUUUUGUAUGGACCAAAGAAACCCUUUUUAUUGAGGUUCUGUCUCUAGUUUGUCUCGGUCCGCCACAACAGCUUCCUUUCUAUUCAGUGUUUCCUAGCAACACGACUAUCGUUACCACUUACGCCAUAUUUUUAUUGUUCUCUCCACUGGCAACACUUCCACAAAUAAACGGCUAAAAUUGAUUUCCUCCUCCAACACCACAGCUACCGCAAUUUUAAUGUCUCGCCAACACCACAUUUUAGUACAUCGGUAUCACCUCGGCGCGAAUCGCCGGGCACCAACUUGGACCAAUAUCUGCGUGCCCUCCAUAAUUUUUGGAAUCGGCCUGUCACCAGCCGCAUAUUAACCAAUGUAUCGGUCUUACAUUGGUAGCAGUGUGAACUAGGAGUAAAACAACAGAAUUUUGGCUGGUCGUGAAACGGUCAGUGGUGGAAAACGAAAAAAAAAACAGAAGUGUGCGGUUGAAGGUAGAGGAGAGUAAUAAGAGAAGAGAAUACACCAGUAAUGUCAAGGAGGAGUGAAAACAAAGAUACCUGCACAAGCAGGUGAGUGUUUCUCGAAAGUUAAAAAAAGAUGUUUGCUUUAUUAAACAGGAUUCAGCUUCAGGACCCGGAUGAGGACGACGAUGAAGACCGCUGUUCAAUAGUAGUGUCUCUUAUGCGCAUCGAUCGAAAGAGAACCCCGGCAACAGAAAAACCACCAAUUGGUUUCGCAAUUUACAAGGUAAAAACACUCUCUAGGAAAAUAGGGUUUUCUCAAAUGUGGUUUGCCAAUUUUUUUAAUCGAUUCUUUUUCAACUAUUUUUGGAUAGGUAUUAUUCAAUUUUAACUAUCUUUCAAUAAAGUGUGUGUUGUUGUUGUUUCCAGGUUCCUGGUGACCUAAGAGACACCAAAGACCGUUUCGGCCGACGAUUUUUUGAGACCACUAAGGCACAAAUGAUGACAAACUCGUUUACUAAACUGAGAGAGAUAAGCUGCCGCUAUUCGCUGCCACAAGGAGAAUACGUUAUAGUACCGUCCACGUUUUAUCCGCGUCAGGAAUCGGAGUUUCUUCUUAGGAUAUUUUCAGAAAAACCACACGAGGCAGGGUAAGGAAGUGAUAGAGCGUGUUCUAUUGACUAGUGGAGAAGUGAAAGAACAAAAGUUCAGGCAACUAUUAACUUUUGGGAGAUGUGUAUAGGGCCUGACGUUACUGUGUCUCUGCUAAUGUGGCAAAGGUUACUUAUAAACAUACUAACUCAAAAAGAUAGUAAAGGGUUUUGAAACCGUUACUGUCACCUCCCCGACCGACGUUUCCCUUUCCCGCGCUAAUCGCCCAUAGAGAUGUCAGUUUGGGCCGUCAGUUUUUAGUUCUAGCCUAUUUAGCAUAAAGACGACUCUUCAUCAAAAGAGUGUUUAGAAAUAAGAAGAAACAUGAAGAGUUGUGAGAAUAGUUGUUAGUCUGUUGACUUUCUGAAGCAAAAUUAUCUGAGUGAGCAAAAAAGAUCUUUUAAACUCUUUCAGAUAAAACAUUUUCCUUUUUUUAUUACUUUUUCAGUGAAGUUGACGUGGAGACUAAAUUGAUGAGACUUCCCAAGGUUUGUCAGAGUCCGUACAUUUUAGUGUUAGGCCUCCCUUAAGCUUGUUUAGCAGUGAGGGGGGGAAAGGCUCCCCUUUUUGCUUCUCUCUUCUCGUUUACCCCCCCCCCCCCCCCCCAGAACCUCCUGAUACACAGUUUAAAUCGACUUUUUCCCGCCAAAUUUCCAACGGCCCUUGAGGCUUUCAUUGCUAAGUGUCCGAACCCUGAAAAUUAAACCCAUUAAAAAGAGUUUAAAAAGUUAAAAAAUUAAAAGGUUACAACGUCUACUCUCUCUCUUCUUUAUGCGUGACUUAAUGCUCUUGAAAUUCAAGGGUCACAAGAGAGCACAACAUUUCAUAGAUCGCCGCAAUUUUUCAAGAACUAAGUUGAAUGAUGAAUCCACGCCCUCAAUUGUGACCCAGGAGUAACGUUUUUCCUUUUGUGCAACAUUGUGUCCACGCACCUCUGUAUUCAAGUGGUAUGACGAGAUCAUUCUUAACUCUCGAUGGAAUCAAAGCGAAAAUCCUAUUCAGUUAAGUUAUUUAGUUAAUAAUUGACUCAAUAACACUACUUAAACAGACUAUAAACUAUCUCUUGUCUGCAAUUUCAAACUCUCCUCCUAGCCAGCAGUCUCGUCAGAGGAAGCAGGAGAUAUUGAUGGCCAGUUCUGGACUACAUUUCAAAAAUUUGCAGGAGAGGUGAGAUAGAAGGAUAAAGUUUCACGCAAUAAUUCUUUCAUAACUUCCUUGCUUAGCACGUCCCUUAUUACAGUUAUGAUGACCAAACCAAAUAAGUUGUAAACAGCCCAAGGAACUGGUAGAGGGAAAAUAUUUCACUUUCUUUUUUACGUUGGCUUAAAUUGUCAGAAACAAUGUGUAGAUUCGAUAUAUUUACGUACAAGUGGAAAUCAUUCGAGUGUACAAAAAUAGAAUAACACGUUCAUUGGAAUUAUAGCAACAACUGUUUAUUACUCCCGGUCAUGCAUCCGCGUCCGCGCUCUACCCAUUGUCCUAAGGAGAAGGUCUAGAGACAAGGUUUCAGUGCCUGCUCGAUACUACACUACCAUAUAUUUUUAAAAUUCUUAUUAAUUGCAUGCUGUUUCCCUGUUCAUAGGAUGGAGAAAUUGACCAGUAUGAACUUCAGGCAAUUUUAAGCCAAGCGUUUGUAAGUGGUAAGUACUGAGAAAUUCGCUUUCGCUUGCCAGAACAUGGAUAUGUUGUUCAUUUUGGGAUGUGCGAAGCUGCAGGUUACAGUAAAACGUCAAAUGAAAACUUCUUGAUUACUGUUGGAGGGAGUGUAGCGUUUCAAAGGCAAUGAAUAAAUAGCUGAUAUUUACUAGAGAAACAGUGAAGGUAUCAUGAAAGACUAAUUUGAAAUAGAAAUUGUGAUUUUUUAAAAAAAGUUAAUAUCUCUAUCUUCCAUUUUAACUUUUCUUUAAAUUUUUCUUUGUAUUUCAGUCUUGAAUUCAAACGCCUUCAGCCUUGAAGCGUGCAGGUAACAAUCCAGCCAAAUACAUAAAACAGGCUAAACACUUUAAGAUACCUAAUGAAGAAAAAUACUCGGGGAAAAACGCCGUUAGCCAUGUAAACAUUAAAGUAAUUCAAAGCCCCGUAAUGGAAUUAAAAAUGAGUAGGGCACGACCUUGCUCCAGGACAACAACAUUUUGCAUCCAAUUAUGAGGAAACCGGUGCGGGAAUGCAUUCUAUGGAAAUAGAGUUUGAGGUUGUAACUGCUUGUUUCUAAGCCGCCCUGCGUUGUGAGAUGAAGAAAUCAUCCCAUAAUGCCCAGCACUCUUCCUUUUUCCCGCGCUUUUAGGCCCUGGAUGCAAAGAGUAAGCAUACGCUACUUGCACAUCUCCCAUAAUGCACCUUGUUUGCCCCUUCCCCCCGCCACCCCCGAAAAAAAUUGCAUAAGGAUUAUUUUCAAUUUCUCUCGGGACGUGCUGUAAUACCGAGGAGAAAUGAAAAACAAAGGUUGUGCAAAAUUUUGGGGGGCAAAUAAGGUGCAUUAUGGGAGAUACGUGCAAGUGGCGUAUGAGAUAAAUUCCAUGAACUCAUUCCCUUAAUAGUCUUUUUCAAUUCAUUUGUAUUGACAAAGAGACCUUUUCUUAACAGGAGUAUGAUUACAAUGUUCGACGUAUCCUUUACCACCAGUUUACGUAGUUGAAGCAAUUUUCGUUCCUAGUAAAACGCCUAUUCUUAGACGAGAUUUCAGACUUUAGUACUGGUAAAAAUGAAGAAAAAUUUGCAAGUGUCUAAAGUCAAAACUUGCUUUAGUACCAUAAAAACCUAGUUAAUGUGGGGAAAAACUGAGCACAUCAAGUACCCGUUGGGUUCUCGGACAGUUCAACGCUCGUAGCACGAUGGACAUACCAUGCGUAUAAAUAUAUGUUAUUUUGUUCUAAAACCUAUGAAACCUAUAAAACGCCUAUAGGUGUAAUAAUUACAACUUCCAGGGUACAGUUACGUGAGUAACAGAAGCCAAAGACAAGUUAAAGUUAGGCAAGCAAAACGAACGAUGCUCUAACGUUUUUUAGAAUCGGCCUUAGGUUAAAUGACGCCAAACCUAAUACUGCUUGAAGUUCUCGGACCUUUUAUGAUCACAUUUAGAUGCUGAUGAUCGUGGCCGGGAUAAAUUAGGCGCAAGCGAAGCGAGCCACAUCCCUCUCGAUUGAGAGUCAUUGGGUACUCAAAGAAGCUGUUAAAUAGUCGAAGUCCUUGCAUGAUCUUUCAACGAUGAUUGCGCCGUCAGGGGUCUCAAAUAUAUAUAUUGUACUCGAUAUAUUAGAGGAUGAGAGUGAAUUGAAACCUUAGCCAUUUGUUAAUAGAAAGAUAAAACAGGCGCCCUGGGAUACAGUGAAUUCAGAGGCCUGUGGACGAUAUUAGGGAUGUGGAAGGUAAGAUGUUUGAAGGAACUCUUUCGCAUCGUUUGAAAUGCGAGAGAAAAAUUUAAUUUGAAGGGAAAAAGCCAGAGAAAGGAAUUGCUUGCAUGAAACACUUAAGUCCUUAGAAAUUUGGGACGAGCACAUAUCAGUUAUUUUAAGGUUUUUGGACUCUCAUAAACUGAGCAGACCUGGAGUGCAAGUGCUCAGAAGCUAUAUUCGGGUGCUUGUCUUGUUGACUAGAUAUCGUUGUCUGAUUGGUGAAAACAGACAGGACUCAACAGAAUCUUCGAAAAACGCCAAUCUUGCCAGUCAAGUGGUGGUCAUGCAGUUUCCUUCAAGUUCUUCCAUUUUGAAAAUAAUACUAUACUUACCUCAGCAUUACAAACAGGAGCAACAAAUGGCAAGAACUGAAGUUCAGUGUAAUCUAAUAGCGUAUUUUUUUCACGAAUCAGGAAACUUUCCAUCGUUUUGACAAAGACAAAAGUGGAGAUAUGAACCUCUAUGAACUACGGGAUGCUCUCAAUCAUUUAGGUAAUAACAUAUAUUGAUCCCAUGAUAUUUUUCACUUUAAAGACACGCAGGAAAGUGCCCUCGUAUUCUAAAAAAAACUUCCAAAGAUCUAUUUUUGCAUUAUUCGCUUACUUGCCCGAAAACUGCAUAUAUCAUCAGCAUGGACCCAGCCUUAAAAUGUCUUGAGGAACACAAACUCCCCAUGACAGAGUUGAAGACGGCACUCAAGUCAGCCGUAGAAAAGAUAAUGCAUAUGGCGAGACGGCCCAUAAAGCUUCAGGAAGAACGGAUUUCUUUAGACGUAAAUGUGCUGUAGGGUAAUCUGCAUUAAACAACCGCAGUUCUUUCACUCCAGAGUAGUCGAAGGCAGCUGCUCGGCUCGUUGAGCGACGUUGUUGUUGUUUUACUUCCUGUAAUCUGACUGACUUUCCUUUAGCACUUGCUCGCCCCUUGACUUUCUGAACAAUUUUGUUCUUCUGCCUUAAAGCGCAAAUUAUUUUCUUCUUGCAGGUUAUCAGCUUAGUAACAACGCGCUUAGCUCUAUUAUACUGCGAUAUCACAACAAGAAAGGAACAAUAGCCUUUGAUAUAUUCAUUCAAAUAUUAGUGAGAGUCAUUGUCAUGUUUGGUAAGUCUGAUAAGUUUGUUGUCUCCCUGUGUGACGUUUAAAACUCGUUUGACAAUAGAGAGAUUUAGAGUCACGUCAAUUUGUACCACGUGACCAAGUUUUUCCUUUAUUCAUCGUCUAAUGUUCAUCCAAAAAUAUCAGUUCCUCGUUUACUUUUGUCCCUAAGAAUCGUUUUAGACUGCUUUUAUCUGCUUAUUUUCUAAUUUGAGAAAUUCUCAACUUGAAUCAGACGUUUGCCGUUUGCCGUAAUCGUAUAAAUCUCUCGAAUAUCGAAAAACACGUCAAACUUGGCAUUACUAAUUCCCACGUUCCCAUGCUAUUAUAAUUGAAUAAGUACGACGAAAGCUUUGAAAGACCAUAUAAAGAACUGCAACUUGUAUUUCAUGAUUGUCAUUAGCUGAGGAAGAGAUAUAGACUGGGUGUGAGUCAAGUACAAAUUCAAACUUACUUGAAACUGGCCCAUCGAGUUUGCUUUUAAAAUAUCAGUAGUAUAGUGAGGACCGAAUGACACCUUUUUGCGGUAGAAGGUAGAAUCUCAUUAAUAUGCAGGGGAAUACAUUAACGCUGAUGACGUCAUACGUAAGCUUGUCAUUAAGACAACGUCACAUGAACCACGACUAUUUUAUUGCCCACCAUCACCACCACCACCACCACCACAAAUCUAUUGUAUUCCCUUCACCACUACCACCACCAGCACCACUACAUUUCUAUUGUUUUUCCCCUCCACCACCACCACCACAUUUCUACUGUUUUCCUCCUCCACCACCACCACAUUUCUACUGUAUUCCCUUAACCAUGACCACAACUACAUUUCUAUUGUUUUUCCCCUCCACCAUCACCACCACAUUUCUAUUGUUUUUCCCCUCCACCAUCACCACCACAUUUCUAUUCGUUUUCCCCUCCACCACCACCACAUUUCUACUGUUUUCCCCUCCACCACCACCACAUUUCUAUUGUUUUUCCCCUCCACCACCACCACAUUUCUACAGUUUUCCCCCUCCACCACCACCACAUUUCUAGUGUAUUCGCUUAACCAUGACCACAACUACAUUUUCUAUUGUUUUUCCCCUCCACCACCACCACCACCACAUUUCUAUUGUUUUUCCCCUCCACCAUCACCACCACAUUUCCAUUGUUUUUCCCCUCCACCAUCACCACCACAUUUCUAUUCGUUUUCCCCUCCACCACCACCACAUUUCUACUGUUUUUCCCCUCCACCACCACCACAUUUCUCUUGUUUUUCCCCUCCACCAUCACCACCACAUUUCUAUUCGUUUUCCCCUCCACCAACACCACAUUUCUACUGUUUUUCCCCUCCACCACCACCACAUUUCUCUUGUUUUUCCCCUCCACCAUCACCACCACAUUUCUAUUCGUUUUCCCCUCCACCAACACCACAUUUCUACUGUUUUUCCCCUCCACCACCACCACAUUUCUACAGUUUUCCCCCUCCACCACCAACACAUUUCUAGUGUAUUCCCUUAACCAUGACCACAACUACAUUUUCUAUUGUAUUUCCCCUCCACCACCACCACCACAUUUCUAUUGUUUUUCCCCUCCACCAUCACCACCACAUUUCCAUUGUUUUUCCCCUCCACCAUCACCACCACAUUUCUAUUCGUUUUCCCCUCCACCAACACCACAUUUCUAUUGUUUUUCCCCUCCACCACCACCACAUAUCUAUUGUUUUACCCCUCCUCCACCACCACAUAUCUAUUGUUUUACCCCUCCUCCACCACCACAUUUCUAUUGUUUUACCCCUCCUCCACCACCACAUUUCUAUUGUUUUACCCCUCCUCCACCACCACAUAUCUAUUGUUUUUCCCCUCCACCACCACCACAUUUCUACUGUUUUCCCCUCCACCAACACCACAUUUCUAUUGUUUUUCCCCUCCACCACCACCACAUUUCUACAGUUUUCCCCCUCCACCACCACCACAUUUCUACAGUUUUCCCCCUCCAACACCACCACAUUUCUAGUGUAUUCCCUUAACCAUGACCACAACUACAUUUUCUAUUGUUUUUCCCCUCCACCACCACCACAUUUCUAUUCGUUUUCCCCUCCACCAACACCACAUUUCUAUUCGUUUUCCCCUCCACCACCACCACAUUUCUAUUGUUUUUCCCCUCCUCCACCACCACAUUUCUAUUGUUUUUCCCCUCCUCCACCACCACAUUUCUAUUGUUUUUCCCCUCCUCCACCACCACAUAUCUAUUGUUUUUCCCCUCCUCCACCACCACAUUUCUAUUGUUUUUCUCCUCCUCCACCACCACAUAUCUAUUGUUUUACCCCUCCUCCACCACCACAUAUCUAUUGUUUUUUCCCUCCUCCACCACCACAUAUCUAUUGUUUUUCCACUCCACCACCACCACAUUUCUAUUGUUUUUCCCCUCCACCACCACCACAUAUCUAUUGUUUUUUCCCUCCUCCACCACCACAUUUCUAUUGUUUUUCCCCUCCUCCACCACCACAUUUCUAUUGUUUUUCUCCUCCUCCACCACCACAUAUCUAUUGUUUUACCCCUCCUCCACCACCACAUAUCUAUUGUUUUUUCCCUCCUCCACCACCACAUAUCUAUUGUUUUUCCACUCCUCCACCACCACAUUUCUAUUGUUUUUCCCCUCCACCACCACCACAUAUCUAUUGUUUUUUCCCUCCUCCACCACCACAUUUCUAUUGUUUUUCCCCUCCUCCACCACCACAUAUCUAUUGUUUUUCCCCUCCUCCACCACCACAUUUCUAUUGUUUUUCCCUCCUCCACCACCACAUAUCUAUUGUUUUACCCCUCCUCCACCACCACAUAUCUAUUGUUUUUUCCCUCCUCCACCACCACAUAUCUAUUGUUUUUCCCCUCCACCACCACCACAUUUCUAUUGUUUUUUCCCUCCUCCACCACCACAUUUCUAUUGUUUUUUCCCUCCACCACCACCACAUUUCUAUUGUUUUUUCCCUCCACCACCACCACAUUUCUAUUUUUUCCCCUCCUCCACCACCACAUUUCUAUUGUUUUUUCCCUCCUCCACCACCACAUUUCUAUUGUUUUUCCCCUCCUCCACCACCACAUUUCUAUUGUUUUUCCCCUCCACCACCACCACAUUUCUAUUGUUUUUCCCCUCCACCACCACCACAUUUCUAUUGUUUUUCCCCUCCACCACCACCACAUAUCUAUUGUUUUUUCCCUCCACCACCACCACAUUUCUAUUGUUUUUCCCCUCCUCCACCACCACAUUUCUAUUGUUUUUCCCCUCCUCCACCACCACAUAUCUAUUGUUUUCCACCCACCACCACCACAUUUCUAUUGUUUUUCCCCUCCACCACCACCACAUAUCUAUUGUUUUUCCCUCCUCCACCACCACAUUUCUAUUGUUUUUCCCCUCCUCCACCACCACAUAUCUAUUGUUUUACCCUCCUCCACCACCACAUUUCUAUUGUUUUUCUCCUCCUCCACCACCACAUAUCUAUUGUUUUACCCUCCUCCACCACCACAUAUCUAUUGUUUUUUUUUCCUCCUCCACCACCACAUAUCUAUUGUUUUCCACUCCACCACCACCACAUUUCUAUUGUUUUUCCCUCCACCACCACCACAUAUCUAUUGUUUUUUCCCUCCUCCACCACCACAUUUCUAUUGUUUUUUCCCUCCUCCACCACCACAUUUCUAUUGUUUUUCCCUCCUCCACCACCACAUAUCUAUUGUUUUACCCCUCCUCCACCACCACAUAUCUAUUGUUUUUCCCUCCUCCACCACCACAUUUCUAUUGUUUUACCCUCCUCCACCACCACAUAUCUAUUGUUUUUUUUCCUCCACCACCACAUAUCUAUUGUUUUACCCUCCUCCACCACCACAUAUCUAUUGUUUUUUCCCUCCUCCACCACCACAUAUCUAUUGUUUUACCCUCCUCCACCACCACAUAUCUAUUGUUUUUCCCUCCUCCACCACCACAUAUCUAUUGUUUUACCCCUCCUCCACCACCACAUUUCUAUUGUUUUUUCCCUCCUCCACCACCACAUAUCUAUUGUUUUACCCCUCCUCCACCACCACAUAUCUAUUGUUUUUUCCCUCCUCCACCACCACAUAUCUAUUGUUUUACCCCUCCUCCACCACCACAUAUCUAUUGUUUUUUCCCUCCUCCACCACCACAUAUCUAUUGUUUUACCCCUCCUCCACCACCACAUUUCUAUUGUUUUUUCCCUCCACCACCACCACAUAUCUAUUGUUUUUUCCCUCCUCCACCACCACAUAUCUAUUGUUUUUUCCCUCCUCCACCACCACAUUUCUAUUGUUUUUCCCCUCCUCCACCACCACAUAUCUAUUGUUUUACCCCUCCUCCACCACCACAUUUCUAUUGUUUUUCCCCUCCUCCACCACCACAUAUCUAUUGUUUUUCCCCUCCUCCACCACCACAUAUCUAUUGUUUUUUCCCUCCUCCACCACCACAUAUCUAUUGUUUUUCCACCCCCACCACCACCACAUUUCUAUUGUUUUUCCCCUCCUCCACCACCACAUUUCUAUUGUUUUUUCCCUCCACCACCACCACAUUUCUAUUGUUUUUUCCCUCCACCACCACCACAUUUCUAUUUUUUUUUCCCUCCUCCACCACCACAUUUCUAUUGUUUUUCCCCUCCUCCACCACCACAUUUCUAUUGUUUUUUCCCUCCUCCACCACCACAUUUCUAUUGUUUUUUCCCUCCUCCACCACCACAUUUCUAUUGUUUUUUCCCUCCUCCACCACCACAUUUCUAUUGUUUUUUCCCUCCUCCACCACCACAUUUCUAUUGUUUUUUCCCUUCUCCACCACCACAUUUCUAUUGUUUUUCCCCUCAACCAUCACCACAUUUCUAUUGUAUUCCCUUAACCAUCACCACCACCACAUUUCUAUUGUUUUUCCCCUCCACCACCACCACAUAUCUAUUGUUUUUUCCCUCCUCCACCACCACAUUUCUAUUGUUUUUCCCCUCCACCACCACCACAUAUCUAUUGUUUUUUCCCUCCUCCACCACCACAUUUCUAUUGUUUUUUCCCUCCUCCACCACCACAUUUCUAUUGUUUUUCCCCUCCACCACCACCACAUAUCUAUUGUUUUUUCCCUCCACCACCACCACAUUUCUAUUGUUUUUCCCCUCCACCACCACCACAUAUCUAUUGUUUUUUCCCUCCUCCACCACCACAUUUCUAUUGUUUUUCCCCUCCUCCACCACCACAUUUCUAUUGUUUUUCCCCUCCUCCACCACCACAUUUCUAUUGUUUUUUCCCUCCUCCACCACCACAUUUCUAUUGUUUUUUCCCUCCUCCACCACCACAUUUCUAUUGUUUUUUCCCUCCUCCACCACCACAUUUCUAUUGUUUUUUCCCUCUUCCACCACCACAUUUCUAUUGUUUUUUCCCUUCUCCACCACCACAUUUCUAUUGUUUUUCCCCUCAACCAUCAACACAUUUCUAUUGUAUUCCCUUAACCAUCACCACCACCACAUUUCUAUGUUUUUUGCCCACCACCACCACCACCACAUUUCUAUUGUUUUUCCCCUCCACCAUCACCACCACAUUUCUAUUGUUUUCCCCUCCUCCACCACCACAUUUCUAAUUGCUUUCCCUCCACCACUACCAACGAAGUUAAUGUAUUCCACCGCGAAAAGGAUAAUUCAGUCCAUCUUAUACUACUAAUGUCACCUGCCAGGACCAUGCCCUUCUUUUUCUUUCCUUUUCCAAGUAAUGAGUCUUAAUCGCAGUUGCUAUGUUUCAGCUUAAAAGGUUCAACCUCACACAAGUUAGAGAAGAGUUCUUUUGGCGCGCCCUUGAUAACUCCUUCCUUUGAAGUGCACCAUGGUUUUUUUCCUUUGUUUCUGAGUGAGAGUUGUUUAAGGUUUUUCUCUAUAAAAGUAUUAGAAUAAUAAAUUACCUUCUCAUCUUUGUGAUUUUUACCUUCCAUACAUACUGCAGAUACUUUUAGGAGUCACGUGACGAAACGUGGGGGCCGAACAGAAAAAGCGGUAUUUACCAUUGAUGACGUAAGUAUUUAGUCUUCUUUUUGUAUCCGCAGUUAGAAUAAUUGCAUUAUAAAAUGAACGAGUCGGGGAUGGUAGUUUAACCAAUUAAAGUAGGGGUAUACUUUAUCUAAAGCAAACAACACACUCACUUAGUAUUAAUUCUGAAAGGCGCAGGAAGAGGGAUGAACCAUUUCGCAUUUCAAGGGGUAUUAUGGCAAAUCCAUCCGCAUUGCAUCAGGGCCAGAGCAGUAAUGUCUAGAAUUUUGUCCGCGCAUGAACUAGGCACCUUUAAAGACAUUCUACUCACUUACCGCAGGUGACUCCAUUCACAUCCGGAUUUCAACGUUUUAAAUUACAAGUAUACAUCUCUACAGCUCUACCGAGGAUACUUAUGUUUGACACACGUAUUUCUUCUUCUUUUCUAGUUCAUCGAGUCAACCUUAACAGUUUGAAGAAACACGUUACUAAACGACAGGCUGCAAAUUCCAAACUGCAAGUCUUUCCUCGAACAAAAUGUCUUUGCUUGUUAAAGAGUAGAAACUGUAGGACUGUAGAAACUCUUCACCUCUUAGGAUAUUUAAGAGCUUUUAUAAAUAAGAAAUUAUCGAAAAAAUAGUCACAUGCUUGUAACUUAGGUUUUUUCUUAGAUUUUUCAAAUAUUUCUUAUUCAUAUAUUUUUCUUAUUGAAAACUUUUCAUUAGACGAACUAAACACUAAUUUGGGUCCGACCCAAAUUAAGAUCGUCUGUUGGGUCAGACGUCGACCUUGAGACGCGUCGAACCAAUCAACUAGAUCAGUAAUAAAUUUUCUCCCGAACGAGGCUUCAUAUGCAUUGUCAUACAAAUUUUUAAUUUAUUAGUUUAGUUCGUCGAAUGGGAAGAUCGACGUUUCUCCCGGAGACGAUCCUCAGACGUCCUAUCCGUCUGAAGAAGACAGAUAGAACGUGUUGGAUGAUCUAAAAUCAUUCAGACGAACUCAACUGAGCCAGACGUCAAACUUUUCAUGAACUUAACUAAGUCUCAUGAAAGGUUCGACGUUUGGCCUAGGCCUAAGUCUCGUUUUUGUAUUUCUUGUUGCUGUAAAAUAAUGAUAUCAUACUUGGACAUUUUAAACAUUACCAUUUGAAC